CCGCCAACAUAACACGCAAACUCUAAUAAAUGUCAAAAUUCUGUCAGAAUCAGAGAAUGUAUGUGUAGAUAAGUUGAACGUUUUUAUUUUAGAUUAUAAUUGUUAGUGCGGUGAAAAAGUAAAAAAAUAUCAAAAAUAUGGCCAAUCUAGACGAUAAUCCUUUCGGCGAACCGACAAUUGACAACCCCUUUGCGGACCCCUCUGUCCAACAAGUUGCUAGAAAUACUAGUGCGCAAAUUAAAGUUGAUGAUUAUAAUCCAUUCGAUAAUCAGCAAGCCCCAAAACAGAUGGCAUAUAACCAGCCAAGCAGUGGUCCUGCAAUUAUGCAACCCACACAGGAGCCCCCAUCAUACACUAAAAGUGCCCAACAGACUGCAAAUCCUUCAAUUAACACUGAAGAAUUACAGAGGCGCCAGGAGGAGUUGGAGAGGAAAGAACAAGAGCUGGCAAGAAGGGAGGAAGAAAUGAGACAGUCGACCUAUAAUGUCAGGCGUAACAAUUGGCCCCCAUUGCCGGAACAAUGUUGUUUUCAACCUUGCUUUUAUCAGGACAUCCAGGUGGAUAUACCGUUGGAAUUCCAGAAAAUUGUACGCCAUUUAUACUAUCUCUGGAUAUUCCACAGUGCUUUAAUGCUGUUAAACAUUAUCGGAGGUAUUUUCAUGAGAAAUUUCACUAUCAUCGGACUGGGCGUUUUGUACACGCUAUUAUUCACCCCCUUUUCUUAUUUGUGUUGGUUCCGUCCCGCUUACAAGGCAUUCCGCUCCGAUUCAUCCUUCAACUUUAUGGUUUUCUUCUUCAUCUUCUUUUUCCAAUUUGUGAUCACCACCUUUCAAGCGGUCGGCAUCCCUGGAUCAGGAACCAUUGGAAUUUUUACCGCAAUCGGUACCUUCGAUAAUACAGCAUGGAGUAUAUUCGUGGGUAUAAUCGCCAUAAUCAUAGCUUUAGGUUUCGUAUUUGCAGCUGCAGCUGACUUGUUCCUCAUAUCAAAGAUUCACCGUAUGUACCGCAGUACAGGGGCGAGUUUCUCAAAAGCACAGCAAGAAUUCACGAGCGAAUUUUUGCGUAACCAACACGUGCGUAACGCAGCUGGCAAUGUUGCCGCAGCUGCCGUAUCGUCUCAGUUGAACAACCAGAAUGCAAAUAAUACGCGUUACUAGCUAAACUCAACGAUUUAAUCUCUUUUCAGUAUUUCUCUUUGUCAUUUUGUUACAUUUUUUUUCGAAGUAUUUGUACUUUAUUCACACCAAAGGUUCCAUCCUAUGAAAUAUUAUCAGAGUUGUUGUUAAUGAUUGUAAAUUACUGAGAAAUUGUGUACAUUAUCAUCAAUUUACUGUUAAAUGUAAAAUUGUAUAUUGCAGAGAUAUGUAACAUCGACUAGUGUUAAAUUGUGUACAUAAAUAAAAAAAUAAAAGGGUUAUGGAUCAGUCAUUAAACCUUUAUAAGACUUUAAAACUAUGUAUGUAUGUAUGUAUUGACAAAUUAUCUAAUGUGUAAGAAACAAAUUAAUCUAAAUAUUGUCAAUUUUCCUAUGGGCUUAUUAAUUUUUCGCUUUUUCAAAUGCAUAAAUUUUUAUUAACUGUUAAAUAGGAAUUAAACAGGCCUGAUCAUAUGUAAUAUAAUUUCUUUUCUUAGAUGCAUAGAUAUGUCUGUUAUUAUAUAUUGUUAUGCAAUACAUAAAAAGUAUUGCAAAAACCCAUCAUUCUAUAAGUUACAC